AUGGAGCACUGUAACAAUGCGAUGGACCAUGCGACGCUGAUAAGGAAUUCGUGCAAGGCAAUGGCUAUCUCCUGUCUCGCAAUGGACGUUUCGUCGUUGCCCCUGGCUCAAUCGGCAAGUGGCACGUAUGAUGCACGGUCAAGAUUGAUUGGACUCUUCGAAAAGAAGAUCCUGGCGAACAAGCUCUUUCUUCGUCGACGCUUCUUCACGACGAUGAUGGACGAAUGUUAUGAUGUGAUGGAGCACAUCAACAAGACCAAGACUCUGGUAGAGCAACUCGAUGCAGUUGGCGCUCCGGUCAGCAAGGAAGAUCUAAGGAUUAUGCUUCUCUGUGGACUGAGCGAGUCGUACUAG